GAUUGUCAUUUUAAAUCUUAUUGUUCAUAUGACUGCAAAAUUCUCGAUAAAAAGUUACACAAAUUUGAAUGCAUUGGUUACAAACUUCUAAUUUUGCCAAUGCUUAAAUGUGAGUUGUUAUUUCGGUUGUUAAUAGAAUGCUUGGUUUUAUUGAAAGAGAGUGUUUUUUAUCGACAUCAAAUACGUCAAUCGAAAAGUGCUCUUGAAUUGUAUGAUAAUUUACAAAAAAUAUUAUCAUCAAUGCCAUGCAAUAUUCUCAACAAUGGUGAGAUGAUUGGAUAUGAGAAUUUCCCGUCUUCUGAAUAUGGGCUAAUGGUUCUGAACUCAUAUCGCUUGACAAUCUUCAUUACGCAGUAUACAAAUAUUAUACCAGAUUUUUUCUGUGAUCUUAAAGCAGAUAAGGAGGAAAUAGAGAUAUUCCUUGCUUCUCUUAUACUAAUUCUUAGUCCAAAGAUAGUAACAACAUCAUUUCGAAUAAACACCAAAGUCGAUGUUACUCCAGUUUUUACAAAGGGAUCAAAAGAAACCACUCCCAAUACUCAUGUACUCGCAACGCCUUUUGAUUCUAACCGAAACAUAUUCAAGAUUUUUGGUUUUGACAAGGGCAAACUAAAAUCUGAAGCUUCUUUGAAAAUUCAAAAAGCCUUUGAAGUCGAUUGGGAUUAUCCUUCUAAUGCCUAUACGGAAGCUAAUGCGUAUACGGAAUCUGGUUUCAACGAAAGUUCCAACGAAAAAGAAAAUGAAAAGAAGAUUAUUGGUAUCGUUGACAAAUGGAUGAAUGUGGAUAGCUCAGAUAAUGACGAAGUACCGAGUGUCCUGGGACUGUAUUUAACGACAUUGAAAUUUAAUCAUUCUUGUGAUCCAAACUUACGCCUGAUAUAUCUUUCAUCCGGAACACUUUUAGUGAAAGCAUCACGUGAUAUCAAACUAGGAGAACAUUUAACAAUAUCAUAUGGUUGCCAUUAUAAACAAGCAGAUAAUAAUACACGCUUGGCAUGCACUAACAAAUUCAAUAUUUCAUGUUUAUGUGAUUAUUGUAAUGGGAAAUUUAAUCCGCACUUCCCAGAAAAUGUCUUUUGCAUUAAAUGCAUAAGUUUAGUAAGCCCAUCAGAGGCGGUUUGCGUUGCUUGUAAUCAGGAUAUGAUAAAAACGAGUACGAUAUAUAAAAAUAUGAUUUGGGAACUGGAGCAUAAAGAUUUCGUAACUGGUGACGAAAAACAAACCUUUUACAACAUUGUAUUUCCACUAAUGGUAUAUGAAGAUAUUUUACCCCCAACAAAUCAUAUUUAUGUUGGCAAAUUACUACUGUUUGUUGAGUUCCUAACAAGAAGAAAUUUUGCAUACGAGGCAUUUGUUCUUCUAACCGAAAUACACGUCCUUAUUGAAAGAAUCUACAUUGAAAUGAGUGUGGAGUUGCUUUAUGCGUACAAUUUGAUCCUGACCCCGUUGAUGGAAAUACUAGCGAACAAUUUGGCAAACAUAUCAAACUUCAAUCAAAAGUCUAAAAAUUUCGGAAACUUUAUUGAGAAAAUUUACAAUUUCACUUUGAAAAUCAUCAAAACAAUGAUCGACAUAAAUGACUUCAAUGUCCUUUAUGAUACAUUUACUUGUGAAAUUUUAAAUAAAUACCGCUUGGUUUUGAAUCUUAAGAUCAAAGUAUACAAAACAUUCGUGGACGCUGAUAUUUAUAAAACGAUUGUGAAUACUAGAAGAUUACUAACAAAUCGUCGGGAAAAGAUGAAUCCAUUAAUUCAGAUGCUCGUAGGGACACGUAUAGAUUUUCUGGAGCAUAGAAUUGUAAGUGAUCGAUUAGGAUUGAAGAAGGAAUCGGAUAAGGAUAUUUCAGAUAAAUUGUGUUAUAAGUUGGAAAAUUUAGAAACUCCUUUAAAUAAUAUCUCUAAGACAAUUCCUAAUACGAAGAAAGUGCAAGUAAUAAGUAAAAAUGAUGGGUCAAGCAAUGACGAAGGAGCAAAAUCUGAAAAUUAUCGUGUGAAAUGUGUUUUUGAUAAACCCAAAUCAAGUCAGGAAUUAUUUAUGGCUGAAUGUGAAUUGUAUUUCAUGGAAAUGAUUGAAGAGAGAGUUGGUUCUGUUCAUCUGUUUUUGUCAUUUUAAAGGUGAA